AUGUCCCCCAUCAUCCUCGUCACUGGGGCCACGGGCCAACAAGGCGGAGCGACAGCCCGCCAUCUCCUAGCCCGAGGGCUGCGCGUCCACGCCUUGGUUCGGACAAACUCCAGCGCCGCCGCGCUCGACCUGCACCGCCGCGGCGCCGUUCUAGUCGAGGGCAAUUUCGACCAGCCAGAGCAACUCCAGUCCGCCUGCCAGAAUGCAACUGCAGUGUUCCUGAAUGUGUCGCCUUCGUUCCGAGGCGACGGGGCUGAACUGCGGCAGGCGACCAACGUCGUGCGCGCAGCUCGUGCAUCCAGCACCGUCACGACCCUCGUUUACACCAGCGUCUGUGCCAUCGAUGAGCGCGAGAAGUUUCCCGGAUGGUACGAUGGCACUAUUUCCAGCAUCAUGAAGGGGUAUUUCGAGAGCAAAGCUGCUAUCGAGGAUCUCGUACGUUCGGCUGGCUUCACGUACUGGACGAUCCUCCGCCCCCCCGUCUUCAUGACAAACUACCUCCUUCCCAGCGUGAGAGGGUAUUUUCCUGAACUGGCUGAAUCCCGUACUCUUCGCACCGCUAUGGCGGCCGAAAAGAAGACGAUGCUUAUCGACCCUGAUGAUAUCGGGCGCUUUGCAGCUGCAGCUCUCACAGAGCCGGAGCGGUUCUCGCACCGUUUUAUAGAUAUCGGGGGUGAGGCCCUGACGGCGGAGCAGAUAGCGAGCGCUAUUUCUGAGGUCAGUGGGCGCGUUAUUACGGUCGACCACAUUCCCCGCGACUUGGCUGUGCGUCUGGCGCCCUCGAGUCCCCAGAUAGACUCUCAGCUGUGGUUCUGGGAGCGGCAGGAUAGGUUUGGGCCACAGGAGCUGGAGACCGAGUUUGGGAUCAAGUUGACUAAAUUUAAGGAGUUCUUGACUGCGAACAAAGAGCUGGUGAGGCAGACGUUUGGAUAG